AUGUCAGAGUCGCAGUUCACGGCGGCGGACAAGAUUCGCAUUCUCAUCGCGACAGAUAACCAUGUGGGUUAUGAUGAGCGGAACGCGAUUCGCAAGGAUGACAGCUGGCGCACGUUUGACGAGAUCAUGAAUCUGGCCCGAUCCGAAGAUGUUGACAUGGUUCUGCUGGCCGGCGAUCUCUUCCACGACAACAAGCCCUCCAGGUGGGCCAUGUUCCACGUCAUGCGAGCGCUCCGUCAAAACUGCCUUGGCAUGAAACCUUGCGAGCUGCAAUUCCUCAGCGAUGCGAACGAUGUCUUCGCGAGCUCCUUCCCACAUGUCAACUACGAAGACCCUGAUAUCAACGUAUCCAUCCCGGUCUUCUCCAUCCAUGGCAACCACGACGAUCCCAGCGGCGAAGGCAAUUUCUGUUCCCUCGACUUGCUGCAGGUCGCCGGCCUUCUGAAUUACUAUGGUCGCAGCCCUGAAGCCGAUAAUAUCGAAGUCAAGCCCGUCCUGCUCCAGAAGGGUCAGACCAAGCUGGCAUUGUAUGGGCUGAGCAACGUGCGAGAUGAGCGCAUGUUCCGGAACUUCCGGGAGCACAAGGUCAAGUGGUUCAGACCGAACCAACAGUCGAGCGACUGGUUCAAUCUGCUCUCUGUUCACCAGAAUCACCACGCCCACACUGCAACCAGCUACCUCCCAGAGAACAUGCUGCCCGAGUGGCUCGAUGUGGUCGUCUGGGGCCAUGAGCACGAAUGUCUGAUCGAUCCUCGUCACAAUCCAGAAACCGGUUUUCAUGUCAUGCAACCAGGAUCAUCGGUCGCUACAUCACUGAUUCCAGGCGAGGCGGUGCCAAAACACGUUGCUGUGCUCAGCAUUACUGGUAAGGACUUCUCGGUAGAGAAGCUCCGGUUGAAGACAGUCCGGCCUUUCGUCACUGCCGAAGUCACAUUAGCGACCGACAAGAGAUUCAAGGGCUUGGACAAGAAAAAGGAGAACCGGCAAGACAUCACACGCCGAUUGAUCGAUAUCGUGGACGAGAUGAUUGAGGAGGCUAAUGUAGAAUGGGAGUCUUUACAAGAAGAGGGUUCCAUCGAAGACUCUCGACCUGAGCCACUGAUUCGACUGAAGGUCGAGUAUACGGCACCAGAGGGUGGUAAUUACGACAUUGAGAACCCACAACGCUUCUCCAACCGAUUUCAAGGAAGGGUCGCGAACACCAAUGACGUGGUUCAGUACUAUAAAAAGAAGACUGUGCAAAAGAGGGCGAAAGCCGACGGGGUUAUCUCUGAUGAUGUGCUUGCGAGUCUUGAAGAGAUGGACAGCAUUCGAGUUGCAAAACUCGUCGAGGAAUAUCUGAGAGCCGAGUCGCUGAAGGUCCUUCCUCAAGCACCGUUCGGGGACGCAGUGACACAAUUCGUCGACAAGGACGACAAGCAUAUUAUAGAGCAGUUCGUGGGCGAAUCUCUAGCGGAGCAGGUCAGAGACAUGCUGUCACUGGAGGAUGGGGACCUGGAUGUCGACAGUGCAAUGGAGAAAUACAAGCAACUGCGCGAGCAACAGUUCGCCGCAGGAUUACUGAAAAAGGGACCGAGACGCAGAUACAAGCCAAAGCCAGAUGAAUGGGAUUCCGAUCUCGAAGGACACUGGCAUGACAACCCGCAGGCCAUUGACACCACAGCAUCUGCUGCAGUGCCGACACACCCGGCUCCAACCCGAGGCCCAGGACGGAAGUCAGCGCGAGCGGUGGAAGAUGACGAAGACGAAGAUAUGGAUGACGUCGAAGAGACACCAGUUCCAAAGACGCGCGGCAGACCACCAAAGGCGGCCGCUGCCAAGCCGAAAGCUGCCCCCAAAGCGCCCGCGAAGAAGGCUCCUGCCAAAGGCGGCCGAGGCCGCAAGGCCCAAGUCGUGGAGGAAGAUGAGGACGAAGACGAGGACACGUUCGUGGACGACGACGACGGCUUCGAUCCUCCUGCACCGCCGCCGAAGCGCGCCACGAGAGCGGCCCCGGCGAGGUCACAGCCGUCUCGGGCCGCUGCCACUCCCGCCGCCGCCCCCAAGUCGCGGCAGACGAAGCUCAACUUCUCCCAGAAGACCUCGCAGCAGGCUAUGGAGAUCAGCGAUGACGAGAUCUCGGAUGACCCCUUUGAGACGGCGCCUUCGGCGCGGUCCACCCGGAGACGCUGA